AUGUCCAAAUCUACAGGUUCAAAAAAUAAUUCAUCUACAAGUUCAACAGAAGGUUCUUCCCCACUUACAAGAAGUCAUGCUGACAAACUUGAUGGAUCAAUAAUCUCUUCUGGGUUUGACGAAGGAUCAUGCUUAAGUAGAUUUCAGUCCUACUUAUAUCACAAAACAUCCCCUCAUAAACCCUCUCCAUAUCUCAUAUCCAAACUACGUAACUAUGAAGAUCUUCACAAAAGUUGUGGACCAAACACUAGAUCUUACAAAAAUACCAUGGUGAUGCUCAAAAGACAUAAGACCAAUGUUACCACUGAAUGUAACUACAUUGUGUGGACAGCUGCCAAUGGCUUAGGGAACAAAAUGGUGAGCAUGGUUGCAGCAUUCCUCUAUGCAAUUCUCACAGAUCGAGUCUUACUAGUUGAAUUUAAGGAUGAUAUGAUUGGUCUAUUUUGUGAACCGUUCCCCAAUUCAUCAUGGAUAUUGCCCAAUGACUUUGCUUUUAGUAAUAACAAAGGAAAUAUUGGAACAUAUGAAAACAUGGUAAAGAAGCACAGAGAAAACAAUUCAAAGGAGAUUAUACCCUCAGCUCUAAAUCUAAAGAUACAACAUACCCAUGAUGAUCAUGAAAAGUUUUUCAGCUGUGAUGAUAGCCAACAUCUUCUCCAAAAAGUUACCCUCUUGAUUUUGUGCGCGGAUCAAUAUUUUGUACCUUCUCUUUUUAUGGUUCCAUCCUUCACUCAAGAGUUAAGCAAAAUGUUCCCUGAGAAAGACACAGUCUUCCACCAUUUAGGACGCUACCUCUUUCUCCCUUCAAAUGAGGUAUGGGGACCAAUUAGCAGAUUCUAUCAAGCAUAUUUAGCUAAGGCAGAUGAGAGGAUUGGCCUCCAAAUAAGAGUAUUUAGGCCCGAUCGUACCCCAUUUCAAACAAUUAUGAAUCAAGUUUUAAGCUGCACCAUAAAGUAUAAUAUACUACCCAACAUUACCACUGAAGAUUCAAAAUAUUUUUGUUGGAAAAAUCAGACUUUGAAGUCUGUUCUGGUAGCUUCUCUACAUCCAGAAUAUGGUGAGAACCUUAGGACUAUGUAUUUGACAAAACCAACUGUUUCUGGGGAGGUGGUAAGUGUUUAUCAGCCAAGUCACGAAGAGCAUCAAAAGUUUGAUGAUAACAAGCAUAAUAUGAAGGCAUGGACAGAAAUAUAUCUAUUAAGUUUGUGUGAUGUUUUGGUGACUAGCUCUCGAUCGACUUUUGGGUAUGUGGCUCAAAGUUUGGGAGGCCUGAAGCCAUGGAUUCUAUACAAAUUACGGAACACAAAAAUCCAUGAUCCUCCAUGUGUCCGAGACUUCUCUAUGGAGCCUUGUUUUCAUUUUCCGCCUAAACUUGAUUGCAUGGAAAAACCCAUAGAUUAUACAAGUAAAGUUUUUCCUUAUAUUAGAUGUAUGGAUUAUGGACGGGGUGUUAAGUUGGUCAAUGAUUAUCAGUAA